UUCCGCCAGUAGUCGGUACUCAACCGACUUGAACGCUUCACGUCGCCGUGCAAGAAGUGCGGGAGUGAAGUUAACAAAAAUUGGGGUUAGUUACACGGUGUAGCCGAAUCGCGCAUUCAACAAAAAGGUGCGCGUGUCACUGUUAAAAACAAAAUUUUCACUUAGACAAGUGACAUUACAUCAAGAUGAGUGGUCUAUUGAAGCUGUCGUCUUUACUGGCAAAGAAUCCUCCCACGACGACGUUGAAUAAAUUGGGAUUACCUGUUAUCGCAAAUCGCAAAUUGCAUUAUACACCAAAUAGCAAAGCUGCAAAAGUUUCAGAUGGCAUUUCUAAGCAAUAUCCAUUGAUAGAUCAUACCUAUGACGCUGUUGUUGUGGGUGCUGGUGGAGCAGGAUUACGUGCAGCUUAUGGCUUAGUUGCUGAAGGGUUUAAGACAGCUGUUAUUACUAAACUAUUUCCUACAAGAUCACAUACUGUUGCUGCACAAGGAGGUAUCAAUGCUGCUUUGGGUAAUAUGGAGGAUGAUAACUGGCAAUGGCACAUGUAUGAUACUGUUAAGGGAUCUGACUGGUUGGGUGACCAAGAUGCUAUUCAUUACAUGACACGCGAAGCCCCAAAGGCAGUCAUUGAAUUAGAGAAUUGUGGCAUGCCUUUCAGUCGAACUACAGAUGGCAAAAUAUAUCAACGUGCUUUUGGUGGACAAUCUCUGAAAUUUGGAAAAGGUGGCCAAGCUCAUAGAUGUUGCUGUGUAGCAGACAGAACUGGACAUUCUUUACUUCAUACAUUGUAUGGUCAAUCAUUGAGCUAUGACUGCAACUAUUUUGUUGAAUACUUUGCUCUGGAUUUACUAAUGGAAGAUGGAGAAUGUAGAGGAGUGAUUGCCCUUUGUUUGGAAGAUGGUACACUUCAUCGUUUUCAUGCUAAGAACACAGUCUUAGCAACUGGAGGAUAUGGACGUGCAUAUUUCUCUUGCACAUCUGCUCACACAUGUACUGGUGAUGGCACUGCAAUGAUAUCUAGAGCUAAUUUGCCUAAUCAAGACUUGGAAUUCGUGCAGUUCCAUCCUACUGGAAUAUAUGGAGCUGGUUGCCUCAUCACAGAAGGCAGUCGCGGUGAAGGAGGCUACCUCGUAAAUAGUGAAGGUGAAAGGUUUAUGGAACGUUAUGCUCCAGUCGCAAAAGAUUUAGCCUCUAGGGAUGUUGUAUCUAGGUCUAUGACUAUUGAAAUCCGGGAAGGCAGAGGUGUUGGCCCCGAGAAGGAUCAUAUUUAUUUACAACUCCAUCAUUUGCCACCUGAACAGUUAGCAGCCAGAUUACCUGGAAUCUCAGAAACGGCAAUGAUAUUUGCUGGAGUCGAUGUAACGAGAGAACCUAUUCCGGUUAUACCUACGGUACAUUAUAAUAUGGGAGGAAUACCUACAAAUUAUAAAGGACAGGUUCUAACAAGGGCAAAUAACCAGGAUACAGUUGUUCCUGGACUUUACGCUUGUGGAGAGUCAGCUUGCGCAUCUGUUCACGGUGCUAACCGACUUGGUGCAAAUUCAUUAUUAGAUUUAGUUGUAUUUGGUCGCGCUUGUGCUAAAACAAUUGCAAUGGAAAAUAAGCCAUCACAAUCUAUUGGGCCCCUGAAAUUUAAUGCCGGAGAAGAAACUGUGGCGAAUUUGGAUUGGCUUAGAAAUGCGAAUGGUAGUAUUCCCACCGCGGACUUAAGAUUGAGCCUGCAAAAAACCAUGCAAACUCAUGCAGCUGUGUUUAGAACGGCUGAAACAUUACAAGAAGGUUGUCAGAAGGUGUCAGCUUUAUACAAAAAAAUGAAUGACCUUAAGGUUGCGGACAGAUCUAUGAUAUGGAAUUCUGACCUUAUAGAAUCUCUCGAAUUACAAAACUUGAUGAUUAACGCUGUGCAAACAAUAGUAGCUGCUGAAAAUAGAAAAGAAAGUCGUGGCGCUCAUGCGCGUGAAGAUUUUAAAGAUAGAAUUGACGAAUACGAUUACAGUAAACCAAUCGAAAACCAACAGCCAAAACCACUGGAUCAGCAUUGGCGAAAACACACACUCACAAAAGUUAAUGUUAGAACAGGAGAAGUAUCUAUCGAUUUCAGACCAGUCAUAGACAAUACUCUAGACAAACAGGAAUGUGCGACGGUUCCGCCCGCGAUUCGUUCCUACUAGAGUUUUGUUUUAAGUAAAUAUGUAACAUUAGCUUUCCUAGCUUUUUAAUGAAAUUUCUUCAUCGUCAUAUAUUUAAAAAUUAUCCGUUUGCGCGAUUGUUUAAUUUUUGUACAGGAGGGAACGACCGACAAGGAAAAGUUACCGAUAUUUUAUCAUUACAAUGCAGCAACUUUAUUUAUUACUGCACAUAAACCACGUCGUGCACCAAAGUGUAAUUCUUGUCAAUACUUGCACACGUUGCAAGCAAGAUUAGUUGUCCUUGUAGGAUAAUGGUGCUGAGAUUAUCUUCAUUAUUUCAAAGAAGAGUUUGAUCGAUCUCUUAGCGAAUCAAUGCUACAUUUAUGUAAACUAAAUAGUAAAAUAUUUUAGCGUGAUUCAAGCAGCAAGUAAUUUCACGCACAGAUCUUUUAAGGAGGAACGUUCUCCCUACCUCUACGCGAUGUAUUCAGUAUUUCUCUUUGUGCAAUUCACAGUCGGAGUUAUGUCUUUUUCUACCAAACAAUUUUGCAAAUUGUACCCAAUAAUAUUAAGAGCUAUUUAAUGGAGAUAUUUUGUACGAUACUUUAUGAGCUAGUACUCCCUAAAAGGUUGUGCAGCGAAAGUAUGCCACUUUCGAUGCGGCUAUAUACUUAACGUUAACAGGUCAAUGUAGAAACAGUCUUAAUCAAGAGCAAUAAUUAAACUUAAUGUGUUUGUGAUUAAAACUUUUCAGUAUUUGAUAUUCAAUAAUGAAAUUUAUUCUGUUUUGAUGCAACACAAUUUUAUGUUUCUAGUUUGAAGUGUCAGUACUUAUUUCAAUAUUCAGUCUCUAUCGUGAUUUUUUUUUUCUCUCAUUUUUUUGGUAAUCAUGUUUCUAUGUUGCCUGUUACAGUCGUGUGUCUUUAUCGUACUAUGUAUUUCGCGAAAUGCAAGUGAAUAAUAUUGAAAUCAAAAAGUACAUGGAUGAAAUCAUGUACUUUGUAAUUUAAUCUGAGUGAACAUGCUACGCAGCAUGCUAAAAGUGUACAUAAGAUUGUCAAUAAACAAGAAACCUUCGUAUACCUCUUUA